AUGGCCAAGCGCUCGAAGAAAAAGGGCGGAUCUAAACGCGGAGAGGGCGGGGAAAAGAACGCGGCGAGCGGUGCGGGCGGUAGCGGGGGCGGCGAUCCGACGCUACCGGCUGCGGGGUCCACCGAGGGCGGGGGCAAUAACGGCGGGGCAACGACGGCCGACUUGGCAUCCGGAGAGGUCACGCGAAGCCUAGGCGACGCGGGCGAAAAUACUGACGCGGCCCUGUUGGUUGCGUCUGCCUGUGAUAGUAAAGUUAGUGGUGGUGGUGCUGUGCCCUGUGGUGCUUCGUCUGUUGCCGUAGAGAGCGUGAUUCCUUUCCCCGGGCUCGUGGCCGGCUCGGAAGAUGUCGCUGUGGCUGUUGUCCAAGACCGGGACGGUUCUCCUCCCGCUGCAGCCCUUGCUGGCGACUCAGAGGCGGCCACGGCUACUGCCGAUGUGUCGCAGCAAGACCUGGAUAGCUCCAUGGUCGACGAGAUGGACGCGUGGAUAGCCGAUGAGCACGACAGCAGUGCGCUGCGGGCAGAAAGAAGCGGUCCUCUUGACCCUCCGGAAGGCGAAGAAGAUGGCGCUGUGGCCCAUGGAGGUGGCGGACGCAUGGCUCCUGGAGCAAGGGACGGGCCAGGCGUGGUAGAUUCAACCCCGCCAUCGUCUCCGACUGCGUCGGCGGCGCUCGCAGACGGCAACGAAGACGGGGGGGGGGAGGCGCCGAAUCCAACCACGGCAGUCCUGCCAGAAGAAGCGAGGGUUGUGGGCGUGGCCGCGAGCUCCGGAGAGGGAGUAGAAACUCCGCCGCGAGUCGCGGUACUGCCAGCCAUGGAAACAUCGCGGGAAAUGGCCGGGGAGGCGAGAGAACGACAGCAAAAGGAGACGGUAGAGCGACCGGAGACGGCACGCAGCGCAACGCAAGCGCCGCCGCCGCCCUUCGACACGGGCCCCGAGCAUGACCCGAGUGCUAUGGAGGAGGUGCGGUCAGGAGCGGCUGCAGAUGGUGUUCCCACCGAGGGGGAGACAGCGAGGGCGGUACCUUUGACGACGACGCUGGUGGUGGAAGCAGGGCUGGGCGGAAACGCCGAGGAGAACGCCGCUUUGGCGGCGGUAGGAAAACCCGUGUCGGGAGGCAUCACCCCGGCUGUAGAGAGGAUAGACAAAGCGGCCACGGAGACUUUGGCUGCAACACCAACACCAGCAUCUGCAGCAGCAGUACCACCUGCAGCGGCAGCAGCAUUAGCAGCAGCAGCAGCAGCAGCAUCAGUAUCAGCAGCAUCACCUAUGCCGCCAGAAUCACCUUCAGAACCCUUCGGCGUGGCCGCCAAGGACGACAGCGCAGCGCUCCGCGCAGCAGAGCCGGGCAGCCCGGAGGGUAGCUCAGAGCCCCCCCCGGCAGUCGCAUCGUUGAGCAACGAGGAGGCGACGUUUACUCUUCCGGCGAGCCCCACCACGUCGGCGGACAUCAACGACAACAAUACGGCAGCAUGCCCCGAGCAAGGCGUAGAGGUUCUAGCACGAGAUGUUGCGUUAGCGGCGGUGGCCGAGGAGGCGGCAUCGCUGACACCGUCGCCGCCGCCGUCGCCACCGCUGAAUAGUGCAACCGGCGGUGGUGGCCCCGGCAGAGACAGGGCGACAGCGGCGAAGGCCGCGGCGGCAUCGGCGAGGGCGGCGGCUCUCUUGGCGUCCGCACAGGCGGCAUCGGCAGCCGAAGUAGCAGCGGCUGCCGUGGCGGAAGCGGAGGCAGCGCUGGGAGCUGUCGCAGGGCCAAAGGCGAAGGGGGGUGCAGAAACAAACGCCGGUGAAUCGGCGGCGCCCCGUUUGGAAGCCGGGAGCGCCGACGACGACCUGGUCAUGACCAAAGCAAAUCAGGCCGGCGCCGAUAAGGUUGGAAUGCGGACGGUUUUCGGGGGCGACGCGGUAUCGACGGUGGGGCCGGCGCCGGGUUCAGUGGAGCCGCCAGCCAUGCCCGACUCCGUCGUUGCGGCGGCGGCGACGCCUGUCGAAGUAGUGGACGAGCCAAGCGAAAUUCAGGCGGGUGUGGUCUCGCCAAUCGCCGGAGCAGCGGCGGCGGCGGCGACGGCAGCAGCGUCGGAGAGAAGCUCUCAUGACGUUGCAGCGCAAGCAUUAGGAGAAGGAGGAGAAGGAGGGGCUUCGGCGACACGCGCUGCGGUGGACGGCGCUGAUGCCGAUCCUCCGGUGGCCGCACCCCUGCCCCCCGUGUUCUCUGAUGGGUCAGGCGGUUCGGAGUCGGACGCGGCGGCGGCGGUGGCGGCGGUAGAACCGACCGGUGCGACGAUCUUAAGCGGCAGCGUGACCGCAGAGGUGUUCGCUUCACGCAGCGGAACGGGGGCCAUACCGUGGCCUGACUCAAGCGAGGACGAUGAAAGCAACCACGGUGACGAAUACGACGGCGGCGACAAGAAUGGGCGCCGGAGCUCCUCCAGAAACCACAUGUCGGUCGAGGAGGCGGCGGCCUUCAUGAACCCGGGCGGCGCCGGUACCGGCCGCAUGGGCAGCGGCCGCUUUGCGUCGGGGUCCUCGUGGGGAGGGGCGUCAGCCAUUGGCCAUCUAGAUCGGAUCCUUGGGUUGCCUACCGCAGUACCGCCGGAGAGUUCCCCCGGGGCAACGGCAGCAGCGGACGGCGGCGGCGCGCCUGGAGGAGGAUUUAGCAGCAGCAGCGGGUGGCUAUUGCUCGGUGGCGGAGCCCCCCCGCUCGGGGAGCCCUUCGUCGGCCCGGACGAUUUCCUUUCCCCUUCGUCUGUCGGGAUGAGUGGCCUGGCUGCCCGAAGGUUCAGCUUUAGCGCGGCCGUGAUGCAAGGCUUCGCGUCCAGCGGCGGUGUCGCCGAGGACGCGGUCGGCGGCCUCGGGGUACGGCGGUCGACCGUCAACGAAAUCCGCAGCAGCCGGGGCGCCGAACUCUGCAGCGACGAAGCAGAGGCCUCGCAAGCGGCGGGAGUAGGGAUAAAGGAGGUGGUGGUUGCCGAGGGCGACGGGGCCAGCGAUGACGAUGAUAGCAUCGAUGCCGGCGAGGAGGGCGGUGUAAGACCGACUGAGCGAGCCGCGGAAGAGAAGCCAGCUCCAGCGGCGACGCAAGUGCAGGAAGAGACACCGACGUUGCUGCUGCGGAGAGGUGAAGAGGGUCAGGGGGGGAAGGCGGCGGCCGUUCAGGCGGUUUCAACCGUCGUUGCGGGGCAGGAAGGGACCAGCAACAGAAGCGGCGGCAGCGGGCUCAGAGAUAGCAGCGGGGAGGCAGUCAUUGCUGGUGAAGGGGUCGGCGGCGUGAAGAACUCCGACGGCAAUGAAGGUCUCGAUGCCAGCGAGAGCGCGGCAACGAGCUUUGCCGGGGCGGAGGGAGAGGCAGGGUGGCCACCGGGUGGAGUAGAGGGCAGGUCUGCGGUUUCGGGCACGAGGGCAGCAGCCGGUGGUGGGUGUUGCGUGAUGUCAUAAUCCUCCCCCCCGCCGCCACGGUUUAUUGCCCCCGUGCGUUGUUGGCGUCAGUCGGCAAGUGUUCACAACUCGUGUGCUGCCGCAGACCCUGCUGUGCUACCUACGUUCUGGUUAGUUUGUCAAGCGUACCGAGAGGCGCUUUGUAUUUUGGUGCAUUUCACGCGCCGCCCGCCGCGGUGGGAAUGUGUACGCGCGUGACGUGGUGUUGGCCAGUCUUUUUUUCGUUCAAACUCUCAUCUUCGCUUUCGUGUACGAUGCUUUUACCAUAUUUUUAAGCUAGCUGUGUAGCUGGCGCUUUAGAAAAACCCGCCGAGCGCGUGUUUGGCGGUGUAUGGGGGCAGGGGGUGAUGUGUUUCCCCGUAAGUGGACGCAAAGCCAGACGAUGUACCCCCCGGUCCGACCAUCACCUCGCAUAGCAGCUGCCUAGAGUCUUGCCCAUGUACAGAGACGCGGCGCCUCAGCUUGACUAUGCCGCUGCGGCGCAGCUGUUGCGUGGUGGGUUUUCACCGAACACGGGGUCAGUCGAUUCCGUUGAGGAGCAGCGGUGCCUUUCAAAAGUAGCGACGUAGAGCAUGUCCCGUUUCCAGCGGCCUUGUCACGGGCAGAGGGAGUGGGGUGAAGGUCAGGGCUCCUUUUGUGUGGGUAAAGCUACAGCAGUAUUUUUUUGUGUAGGAAAGUGUUGGUCGGCGGGCGGUGUUCUCGAGAAUCCGAGCAGUCCGACCUCAGGAGUGAUAUGAUCUUGGAGAUAUUAUUACGAGGCUUGAGCGAUAUGAAAAACGCUCGCGACCGGGGUGGAAAAGCUAGGACUUGUAUGUUGAUUAAUAGCGUACUGUAGGGAUCAGAAGCGCCUGUAAGGGCUGCCGAAGCUGUUGCCAUGUGGUCGGUCACCUGUCGUCGUAUGCCCCUUUUGCCAGGCCUUGAGCUAGAAAGUCUGUAGUGUGACCCGUUUGAGGGAUGGCUUGUUGACCGCAGUAUGACGGGUUGAAGGGGCAUCCCUUGUGCUCAGGGUAGCGCGCGUUUUGUAAAUGUUCCGAUCAGGCUCGAACAAAGCACCGUCACCAAACCCGAAGGUGUAAUAUCUGCACAUUGGUUACUUGAGGAUGGUUUUUGUUGAGCAUGCGCGCUCGCAACACGCAACAUUGUCCACUGUUGCGCACGUAGGUUUUGUGUGUGGGUGUGUUGAUUUGGAGUUGCACAUCAUUUUUUGAGGAAUUUCGUUACAAUUUCAACGAGAAGUUUUGCAGUCAGCGGUUUCUUAUAACGUUCGGAAAUGCAGUUCAAAAAUGUGGAUUUCCAAAUUCGGACCAAAAACUGUUUCUUAUAAGAUCGGAAAUGACACUUUUCCGCCUGAACAUUUUCGAUUUCACGUUUCCAACCGGCCAUGCGUUUGGAAAUGAUGAGCAUUUCCGAACGUGGACGCGAUCGGUUUUUUGCGUUUGGAAAUGCACACCGGGGGCACCGCACAUAUGCACAACAACAGCGCAGCAACUAGACCGCGUUCACCAUCCACAGCAGCACAGCAGCGAGUACACAGCUGCUGUCCUGUGUCUCGCGUGCACCGCGCAAACUCCCUCGCAUGCUGCUACUGGGCCUGUUGUUGGUGGUAGCCUGGGUCCGUGUGGGCACCAUGUCAUCGUCAGAAACGGGUGCCGUCAACGUGCCUGCUGCGUUCAGCGUCGCGUUGGCGGCUUUCAAUCAACAGCAGCAGCGCACGCUCGUGGCAUGGGAUCUUGUACUCGACGAUCUAGAUGAGCUCGAUCCCGACUCCGAAGAAGAGGAGGAGGACAACCGUGAGAUCAAGAGGCGACGCGUAUACCCUCGUAAGGAUUACAAUAUCUCUGGCUGGGCGAUUCAGCUGCAGGAGCUCAAGGAUCUCGAGGUGGAUGGAAUUGUCGACCCCACGAGCAGGCCUGCUCGCCGCUUCCGCGAGAGCUUUCGUCUCCCUUACCCUUUCUUCGUGGAGCUGGUGGCCCUGGUGAAGCAGAGGGAUUGGUUCCCGACUGGGAAGCAAGAUGCGUCCGGACGUCGGGGUAUCCCCGUGCAAUUAAAGGUGCUGGCCUGUCUCCAGAUACUAGCGAGGGGGAACUGCUUCGCAGACAUCUACCACAUGUCUUUCAUUAGCAUGCAGACGGCGGCAGCAACGUUUCACCGCUUCACCCGGUACUUCGCGAGGGAGAUGUACGCGGAGCACAUCUUUCUACCGACCGGAGAUUACCAAAAGAAGGUCAUGACCCAGUACGAUCGCCUGGGAUUUUCUGGCGCCACCGGUUCUACGGAU